AUGCUAAUGAAACUCCUAAAUUCCGUCUUGAAGCACAUCUUCUUUGACGACGCUUGGGAAGAUCAGCCUGAACUUGGACGCGCACCAAAUGAAUAUUUCCGCACUUUCUUUACUCUUUUGAAUUCGAUGAUUGAUGGCAAAGAGGAUGCAAGCAGCAAUGAUCCGACGAAAGUGCUUAUUGGAACGGCAUACGGUGGACGACUCGUUGUCCGAUUGCCAGCUGGAACUCUACUUUUUAUUCAUUUGAAGGAUAAGAAACUCAUUAGACACAAGAAACGCUGGAGUCAGGUUAUGUACAUGUAUUACUUGCUUGGACAUCGUAUCAUGGAGUCACAUAUGUCGAUCGAGGAUAAGCAACUGAUUGCGGAGAACACUUAUAUUUUGGCCAUUGAUGGAGAUUCCAAAUUUGAACCAGAGGCAUUCCUACGG